AUGGAGACCGAGACGGAUGCCUUGCUGACCGAGCACAUAGCUGCUGUAAUAAUGCCCAUGUUUGUGGAACAUGGGCUUAUCUCCUUGAAGGCUCUGCGCUUGUGUUUGGAGCAGCGUACAGGCUUGGAUCUCUCGGGUUGCAGAGCACGUAUCCGGUACUUGGCUGAGCAGGUUAUGGAGACGAUUACGUCUAGCAUGGUGGUCGGAUGUGGCUUGGGCCGAUUGUCCGCGGAUAAACUGGCUGAGCUGCACAAUCCUUACGUUGGCGUUUGGGAGCCUUGCCUGACUCAGGCCAAUUGCGAGGCUGGCCGGACCAGCUUUUCGUUUCGAUGUGCUAGCGACGUUUUGGGGCCAGUUCCUGCUCAGAAACUUGCCCGGGGACGGAUCCUUUUCCAUUUACUGGGUGACCACUGCGACGUGUGCGAGAAGCCCUGGUGCAGUCAGAGCGGUGUACAGAUCGACAAUGCUUGCUGGGAGCUCCUUUGCCAAGAAUACGGCAUCCAACCUCACACCGGUGGACAGCUGCCUUCGGACAAUACGGUCGGUGGUGGGGAUGUCUUGAAUGCCUCUUUCGAUGAGACUGGUGUUGAGAAACAUCAUGGUACUGCGAAACACGUGGCUUGCAGACAGUUCACGAUUGGGGAUAAGAUCGUCGGCUCAGUCCUGGAGCGAAUCAGGCAGCUUGCCGGCCGCUGCACAGGAUCUCAAUGGUUGGUGUAUGCAGUGCUGGCAAGGGAAGCACCAGGCCAAGCUCGACAGCCGCAGAAACGCUCCAACUGGCGCGGUGCAGGUCAGCCUCGGCGGGAAUGCAUUCUCUGGGAAGACGUGCAAGAGGUGCUGGACAGUUGGUGGACGGCUCAGCUGAUGCAGAGUCUCUUCGACGACGACUUCAUCAGCGGCAUCUCCGUGACAAGUGCGCUGGAAUUCGUCGUACGGCUCGUCUUGCGUCGGCUCUACGUCCGAACGCAGCACUACGCCACAGUGGCGCAAGGCGGCAGCUGCAGCGGCGUUCGCUAA